AUGAAAACAAGCUCACAAGGGCCCAUAUUUGAGGUUUUGUUCCUGCUUAGUUCUCCACUAUCGCCAUGCUUCAGAUAUGCACUGGGUCACCACUGGCGUGGUAUCGAAUAUUCAAAAGUGUCUAAUUUAUUAUACCAGUCCGUUUCGAACCACGGCCUUGGCACCACUGAAUAUCCCAUGUUGACCACGGCUUUCGGAGCACGGGAUUAG